AUGGAGUUCAACAGAGCAGAGCGCUUUUACGAUUUCCUCGCCAACUUUAAAGACUAUGAAGAUUACCUGGACUCGAAAAUCACUCCAACGGAUUUAUAUUAUUUAAAAAGUAGGGAGUUGGCCCGCAAGCUGGUGGAGCACAGCCACAAGGGCAUGAUCCUGAGCAGGGAGGAAUUCGAGGAGAGGAAAGCAGCUGCAGAGGCUGCAAAGGCUGAACAGAGCAGCGUUUUCUACAGCAGGAGCCGCCCAAUGACACUGGCAAGUGCAGGAAAGGAGCUCAACGAUAACUUCCUGAAGGCCCUGGCAGAGCGAGAAGAGGCCAACCGCAGUGGGAAAAUGACUUCGGUCAUUUUCAUAAGGGAUUAUAAUACUCUUGGACAGGAGGUAUCUGGAUAUAUAGACUACGCCCACAGGCUCAAGACACAAGAUUUUGAACCAUAUUUCUGUGGAAAGAAAAAGCUCAUGCCAGGACCCUCAGAUUUAUGCUACUACAACUGGAAGACACAGACAUCCACCUCCAACUCCAGCCCCAACUUUGAGGUGACUUAUGAUGACCCAAACGGACUUCUCUUUAAGAGCAAGAGGGACAAAACGAUGCUGAAUCCUCGGUCCGGGUCCAGAGGGGACUCCAGAGGGGACUCCAGAGGGGACUCCAGCGGGACGCUCCUCCAGUCGGACCUCUACCUCCACGUCGUGCUGUACGACCACAGUGUGAGAACGUUCUGACCCGCUGACGUCGACACAGCCGUGCAAUCUGGCGCGCAACGCAGAGCGCUGAAAGUCUCUAAUUUAGCUGCAGCUGCAUCAUCAUAGUUUACAAACUCUUUCCCUCGUAUCACGCAUGCCAUCAGGGUGGAGGUGCCGCUGCGGCGACUUCAGACAGACAAUUCCCAGAGGAAGACGUGGACAGACUGGAGUGACAGACAGAGUUUCCUUAAGCUUAGACUGGAACUUACAUAUUCUGUUGGCUGCAAAGUUUCCUUUAGUAGCCAGAAUCGCCUCCUCAACCCCAGGUCCAUCCACUGUUGGGGCCAACAUGAUUUUGGGUCGUUUGUCUAAACAAAUGAAAGGCGUAAGAGCUUUGAAAGAUGAUGGGGGCAGCUCUUAUGUCCUCCCCCAGGCUGCGGUAGCUCCAAUUGGACUGGAAUAGUGGGUAAUGGGCUUAAAGCAUUCCUUGUGUUCCCAGAUGGAAGGACGCUAGGCCGGACAUCAAAGCUCUCCAUCACUCCCAUAUCAGUCAUUGUCUGACAGAUUUUAAUGCACCAUAACUCUACAAAUAAUCCCAUUUGAAAACCUGUUUGAAACUUGAAGAAGUUUAAUUUUUGUCAUUAAUACUGAAACAGAUGGUGGGAAUCACACCAGUAAUAUUAUCUCUGGCCAUAAGAUGAUGACAUAUAACAGGGCUUUUGUGUUUUCUUCUUUCAUAUGUGUUCAGUCUGAAGAUGAAUCUUGGCAGUUCAACUUGUUUUCCAAACUGGUCCCUUGCUUUCUAUUUGUGUUUAUUUCUGAAUACUUGAAGGGAA